CGUCCCAUCGAGAAUACCUGACGUAUACGAGGCUAUGAGGUUCGACAAGGUAUGUAACUUCCAGAAACCGUGCUACUUCCAGGUUUAUAGUUUCCAGGACAUCAUAAUUGCCCCCCGCUUAUCCUGUGCUUUCCUUGUUUGCCUGCUCCCCAAGCUUUAAAGUCACCACAUAAUUAAUUACAUAACUACUUCUAGCUCCACUCACUCUUGGUUAAAUAAUGGUUGAUCUCGUCGACAUCGCCCUAUUCUCCCUUGUCGCAAUCGUAUUUAUACCUCGAAUAUUCGGUACUAACAAAAGAACUACAAAUACAUCAACUAUUCCCAUCAUGAUUAACCGUAGAGGAGGAGCUAUGAUUCCCCGUAGACGGGUUCCUAUAGCCCCGCCUCCGGACCGACACGACGAACAACAACCGUCAACUCCCACCAGCUUCUACGAAGCUAAACCAGAAGAUAUUAUUACAGUGAAGGAUAUUCUAUCCAAAGUUAGGAACAUACCUCCGGAGUUAGUGGAUAUGAUUCUCGAUCGCGCCGAAUAUUGGGCCUGCUCUGCCACAGUUAUCGACUACAGUAACCAUCCACAACAUAAAAUUACAAUUCUUGGGGCACGACCGGCCCAGGAUCAAUUCUUACUUCGUACCGAGCCGUUAGGGCUUACCAAAUGGACAAUGUCUAACCAAGAUCUCUGGAGAGUCGAGUCUGCACCUAAACGGCUCAAGAAAGAGUAUGAGGAGUCUGACUUAAAGGAGCUCAUAGAUGGCUCUUUCUCCACGCUAGAGCAUCCUUUCCGAAAAGUAGUCUUUGACAUCGUGAGUUGCGACCAAGGUUGGAGCAGCGAUAAUGUAAAUCACGGCCAAUACACCGGUUCGUGGACUUGGUUUGACGCAGGGCUGGAGCGUUUCGACCAGGAAAAUGAGUGUGUACCGGAAUGUCCGGACAAUUUGGGCUCGGAAGAUCUAAAGGGAACUACAAGCAUCCCAACUUGUGCAAUUCGCCCGAUUUGGCCUGUAUUAGAAAAUCACCACGAUGAUGAUGCGAUAACACGAUAUCACCAUGAGCUAUUACCCAAUGAAGACCACUUGAUACAGCGAAAUAAGCACGCCAUAGGGCAGUUUCAAAACCAUCAUGUUGAGUGGUCUUGGGACGAUGAUGUGGAUCCAGAUUCGCUAGCGGCUCGAACGUUAGGGGAAGCUGGUAGAGGUAGAGGUACUGGAAAUGGCGAGUUCCUUAGGAACUUGAAGCUUGGCGACAUGAUUACUGUCUGGGGACGUGCCAGAUUCCCGGGAUGGACGAACAACAUCCAACGAGUUGAAGUGAAAGUUUACUGGGCGUUCUAACUAUGUUUACUGCAUAUGGUGGGAGAUAUGGACACGCGGCUUUACGUGUCUAAGGAAUCGUUCGUCCACACGCGUUUAGUCUUUUCGGUCCACGGCCUAUC